AUGGGUAAGUCAUACUUGAUCGGUGCAAUAAGUCAAACAUUACAAAAUGCAGCCUCUCCACAACGCUCUCCUCUACUUCUACUUGCACCAACAAGAGUUGUAGCAUUCAACAUUGGAGCAUCAACGAUUCAUUAUAAGUUGAGAAUUCCAAUAAAAGAAUUCAGUGAGCUACAAGGGACAAGACUUACGACUUUCCAAGAGGAAAUUUCUCACAUAAAGUACAUAUUAAUAGAUGAAAUGAGCUUCUUGGGAGAGAUGUUACUUGAAAACAUAGACUCUCGUCUUCGACAAGCAUUUCUAGAAAAUAGUCAUAAAAUUUUUGAAGGUAUAUCUAUGAUAUUGGUCGGAGAUUUGGCACAAUUGCCUCCUGUCAAAGAUAGAGUGGCAUAUGAAAGCAAAAGGUGUGCAAGGAUACUGUGGGAAGAAUUCAAAACCAUAGUUACUUUGAGACGUAUUUUCAGACAAGAUGGACAAAGCAAUGAACAAGAAAGAUUUCGUCUUCUUCUAACAAACAUAAGGGAUGCAAACCCUACAAUAGAUGAUUGGAUGUUACUUAUGUCAAGAUCAAAUGGAAACAUGAGUAUUGCAACAAAUGAUGAGUUCGAAAAUAGUGUUCAUUUAUUCUCGACAAAUGAUAAUGUGCACACUCAUAGCAAAAGAAAAUUGUACUCAUUAAAAAACCCUAUUGCACGAAGCAUCGCUGUAAAAACAAAAACACUUAGUUCUAUAGAAGGCGAUGGAAAUGAUGAGUUCGACAUGGAACUAUUACUCAGGAAAUAUGCAAGGGUGAUGUUAACUUCAAACUUAUGGAUAGAAGCAGGUCUUGUCAAUGGAGCACUAGGAUAUAUUCGAAGUAUUGUAUAUAGACCUGGAAGUGCACCACCUUUGCCACCAUCAUAUGUACUUGUAGAUUUUGAUGGUUACUCAGGAAUUCCAUUUGAUGAUCGUCAUCCCCAAAGAGUUCCAAUUCCAACUAUUGACAAAGCUAGCACAAAGUAA